GCUAUAGUUCAUCCCCUCAUAACUUCAUUUUAUAAAAUUUAAAACUCCCAAGUCAGAAUAAUAAGAGGGAGAAUAGGAAAAAAGAAGAAGAAAGCGCAAGAAGAUGGGAAGGGUGAAAUUGAACAAUGAUCCAACACCAAGCUUCAGACACUUCAGUCAUCCACAUGAAUUAGAGCUAUGCAUCCGACUCCAAGAUCUAAGCCCUUGUUCAGGAUGCAGACUCCCACCACUAGGCCAAAUGUACAUAUGUAAGCCUAGCAACUUCACUCUUCAUUUGAGCUGUGCCAAAUUCCCACAGCUGAUUACUCACCCCUCCCACCCCAACCACCCUCUCAACCUCCUCCCCACAUCCAAGUACCCUGGCGGCCGAUUCAACUGUGAUGCCUGCAACCACCGUGGAGACGGCUUCAGCUACCACUGUGGUAACUGUGAGUUUGAUCUUCAUGUGAUCUGUGCAACUAGACCACUCAAAAUCACACAUCAAUUGCACCAAUGCUUGCUGGAACUCACCUUCAAAAAUCCUUAUACUGGUGCCAAAGGCUUCUCUUGUGAUGUAUGCCGCAAGAUUGGAAGAAAGCAGUGGCUUUAUAGAUGCCCCGCUUGUGAGUUUGAUGUUCAUUUAGAUUGUUCAACUGCUGCCCCUAGACAGGUAGUUCAAGCACCCGCUUCACAGCCAACUGCCCUCCAGCACAACCAUUCAUUCCCGGGAGCCACUAACCAAUUCCAGCAGCCAACUUUGGGUACACAAGCAAGGCCAAAUCAAUACAUGCAGGCUCCUUUGGGUGUAGGCCAAGUGAGGCCAAACCAGUUGUUUCAUAGUGCUAGUACAAGUGCAAUUCCCCAGCAACAGUUCCAGCAGCCUCCUAUAAUGCAAGGACAAGUAAGGCCAAACCAGUAUAUGCAGCCUCCAGGGGCAAACAAUGGUUUCGGGAAUGGUUUGAUGAAUGCUGCAAUUCAAGGACUUGUAGAAGGUGCUGCUCAGCAAGUUGGUCAAACUUUCAUGCAGGGAAUCAUAGGUGGUGGUAAUAAUGGUGAUGGAAAUGAGGGAUCUUCAAUCCUGGGAGGCAUUUUUGGUGACUCGUCCGACACACAAUACUAGAAUGACAUCUUUUUUCUUUCACUUUACUUGUCUGAGUAAAACAGGUCAAAGUUUGUGUUAAACAUAAAACUCCGGAAUGAAUCACACUUUGGUGCCUUCUUUUUCGAGAAGUAGAUACAUGCUUUUGUAUCUUGAUGCUUGAGUUGUAUUCUAUUAUCACUUUGUCUAAAUCAGAGCCAUUUACUUGAACUAUGCAAUGUUGCACAUAAGUCCUUUUAGGACUGGUUAAAUGUUAUUGAUUCUACUAUAUCAUU